UGACGGAAAUAAAAAAUAUCUCCUUCCAUCUAAAAGGCCAGAACCUGAAAACACCGGUGCUGAAAAAUUGGUGUUAAGGAUAAUGUCACGGAAAGAUGAUGUGAAGUUCAAGUUGGAAGGGGAUAAUUUUUUUAUGUCCCAAUCAAAGAUAUUAUGGAGUUGUGUAUGAAGACACAAGAUUUACGCAUCUCUAUUCUACGUAUAUGGGUGGUGUAUAUAAAACACCUUUGUACUCGGUUGGACAAGAGUAAUAUGUAUGGUUUCAUUGAUCCAAAUUUCAUUCAAACACAAAACGAUCGAGCUAGUUCUCAGUCUCACAUAAUUGAAAAGCUGCUUGAGAAUGACAAAGACUGCUUUUUUGUACCAUACAUCAACAAUCAUCAUUGGCAAUUGCUCAUUAUUGAGCCAAAAAAGCAAAAUGUAGUCUUCCUAUGUUCGAUGGGGUUGAAGCCAGAUAAAAACAUCGUUCUUACGGUUGAUUUAGCCAUAGAUGGAUAUAAUAGGUUGAAAGGCUCGAGAAAACAAAGAAAGCCAACAUGGAACAUUACUCUCAAAUGUCAAAGACAAUCUUUCAAUUAUGAGUGUGUUUACUAUGUUAUGAUACAUAUGUUCAACAUUGUAUCAGCUGGAAUUGUUAAUUCAUGGAAUCAGAUAUUUGGAGACUCAACACCAUUUUCUGAGGAUGACGUUACAAAUGUUCAAGAACGUUGUGCAAAAUUUAUUCUAGAAUUCAUUUGAAGUAAUUUGAUCACGUGUCGAUGCUGUUUAUUUUUGAACUUAUGUUGUAGGCAUCAUAGUUUGUUUAGAAUUUCUUAGACAAGUUAUUGUU